AUGUCUAGUUAUACUAUAUAUAUAUAUGUAUGUGUGUAUNUUCAGGUUGAGCUAGUGUUUCUUGUGGAUUCAUCAGCCAGCGUGGGUGCAGAAAAUUUUGAGAGUGAGCUGAAGUUUGUUCGGAAGCUGCUUGCAGAUUUUACUGUCUCUGAGAAUGCUACACGUGUUUCUGUGAUAGCAUAUUCUUCCCCUGACAGUGUGGUGCGUCACAUUGAUCAUAUCACUUUCCCAUCACAAAGAAACCAUAAGUGUGCCCUUCUGCAUUAUGAACUACAGAGUAUUAUGUACAUUGGUGGGGGUACAUAUACACGAGGUGCCUUACUGGAAGCACAGGCUGUGCUGCAGUAUGGCCGUCCACAUUCACGACGUGCCCUGUUUCUCAUUACUGAUGGUUUUUCAAAUGGAGGUGAUCCUUUACCAGUAGCACGUGAGCUUAAGGAGCAAGGUGUUACAAUAUUUACAUUUGGGAUACGUAAUGGCAACACAAAGGAGCUCUAUGACAUGGCAUCACAACCUGGAGAAGAAUACUCAUAUAUCCUAGACAGUUUUGGAGAAUUUGAAGCCUUAGUUAGAAGGGCAUUACAUCAAGAUCUUAAGGCUGGCAGGUAUCAGUCCCUGGACAACUCUUCAUUUUGUGACUCACUGUGCUCUCUGAAGUCAAACUGCUGCGACAGACUGGCUUCUUGCAGCUGUGGGACUCAUACAGGACACUUCUCCUGCCUCUGUCCUCCUGGAUAUUAUGGGUCUGGACUGGCUGCUUCUUGCAAGCUUUGUCCAAAUGGAACAUACUCACUGGGACUGGUUCCUGGAGAUGUUUCUAUAUGUGUGCCCUGCCCAGACCUGAACCAUGUUACUCUUGGACCAGCAACUUCUGUUCAGGACUGUCACUGUAAGAAGGGCUUUGUUUCUAAUGGGAACCAAUGUAAAGUGAUCACAUGCCCAAAGCUGACUGCUCCUGUGAAGGGCUUCUUUGUGAAGAAAUCGUGUGGGAAUGUGCUAAAUGCUGCAUGUGGAGUAAGGUGUCGUGUGGGCUACCAACUUAUUGGAUCCAGCAUCCGUCUUUGUCAAGAUGAUGGGACAUGGUCUGGACAGGAAGCCAAAUGUGUUGUGAAGACUUGUCCAGCUCCCAAGGCACCUAAGAAUGGUGGUGUGGCCUGUUCUAAUGAUGACCAUAUUAUUGACACCGAAUGUGAGUUCUCUUGUUUGCCUGGCUACACUUUGGUGGGCUCCAGACAUCGCAAUUGCUUACCUCUUGCACGAUGGGAUGGCCUGCACACAACCUGCAAACCACUGUUCUGUCCACCACUGCCAGAAAUCCCUAAUGGCCAGUACACACCAGUGGGUUGUACAACCAGUAAGCAGGUUUAUGGGACCAAGUGCAACAUUUCGUGUGCAGCAGGAUUCCAACUAAAGGGCCCAAAGUCUCGGGUCUGUGGGAAAGUGGGAAAGUGGUCAGGUCGGGACAUUAACUCUUGUCUUGAUGUUACACCACCAAAAAUUCACUGUCCAGAAAACAUACUAAUGGGGACAGAGCCUGAUGAAGAUUAUGCGCUUGUCAACUGGACAGUACCGAUUGCAACUGAUAAUGAUGGCCAUCCUCCUACUCUGUGGACAAGACCUGUUACUCAACAGCCAAUGAGAGUUAAGAUUGGUACCAUGACUGUCACUUAUGUGGCUACUGAUGCCAGACGUCAUAAGGCCAAAUGUAAUUUCACCAUCAAGAUUGAAGACAGAGAAUCACCAUUUAUUGAUCGCUGUGAGUCCCCGCCACCUUUCCUUCUAGAUUCUGGGGACAAAGGAAGCCUCAUCUGGGAUCCUCCACUUUUCCAUGACAAUUCUGGAAAACCCGUUAAGGUGUCUCGUUCUCCAGACACCAACAUUUUUCCUUAUGGGACAACUGCAGUUACAUACACUGCUCUGGACAUCUAUGGAAAUAAUGCAACCUGUGUUAUUAACAUAACUGUGGAAGAGAAUGUGUGUCAAGAACCAUUGGACCCCAUUAAUGGGCAUGUAAACUGCACUUCAAACAUUGAUUCACUGCACUGUACCAUGACGUGUGAAGAUGGAUAUGCUUUUGCUGUCCAGCCACGUGACUACUUCUGUACAUAUGACAGUGAUGGAAGCCUACUGGCUCCCGACAGCACUAUUGAUCCUUUUCCUGACUGUUCCUUAACAGUUCUGCCAAACUCCAUAUCCCAAGAUGGAACUAUAACAAUUGAGGGUGACAGCACUGUUUGUGAAGAUCAAUCAUUUCUUAGUCAGGUUGAGAGUCAUGUGAGAGAGAAAAUAACACAGCAGUUAGCAGAAAUCUGUAGUGAUGCUUUAACGUGUCAUGUUGAGGACAUGGCUACAGUAUGUGACCAAAUUCUGUCUGGCCUUGAGGAGGAGUCAAAUAUAGUGAUUAGAAAGAGACGGCAUAAUAGCAUACCAAGAAAUGUCAGGACCCACUCUAAAGGAGCAAUUAAGAUGAUGAACAUGACAAAAGGAUUUGCCAAUCAGAGAGUAGAUAUGAAUAAGACAUUACAUGCAGUGGACUCAACGGGUAUUCCAAGUAUUCCACAUGAGAGGAAUUCCAUUUUGAAAACACAGAGAAACAACAUUGAGCUUCAUUUCCGUGUGAUAGGUCAUGUCAAAAUGGAGCAUAAUGAAACAAAUCCACAUGUUCUACAGACCAGAGUGCACCGAGUGAAGGAUGCCAUCCACCAUUCAGUGAGACAAGGAACUUUACUGAAUUUGCCAUAUCACAAGAAACCAUUAAAGGUGAAACACGUAGAGUUCAAGAGCAGACCAAAAUAUAUUUGUGCACCUGGCUCUGUAUUGAAAGGCAACACAUGUGUGAAGUGCCCAAUGGGGACAUACUAUAAUAUGACCACUGGAUCAUGUGAAUCAUGUCCCAUUGGUUAUUACCAGCCACUGGAGGGAAGCAUAAUCUGUCUCUCCUGUGCACCAGGGACAGCAACACGGAGGACACAUGCAAAGAAUGUGCGGGAAUGUCGACCCCUUUGCCCUCCUGGCUGUUUUGGCCAGAAACGUAAACACUGGAAGAGUUCUGCUGUACCUGGCUUGACCCCUUGCACAACCUGUGACUAUGGAACCUACCAACCAAAACCUGGCCAGACGGAAUGUUCGCGUUGUCCAGGGAACUGGACGACUCAAAAGAGGGGAUCUGUAGACCUCAGUGCCUGUAAAGCCAUCUGUCCACCAGGAGAGAUAUCUCAUUCAGGAUUAGUUCCAUGCCUGAAGUGUCCUGCUGGUUACAAUCAAGCUCUGGAAGGACAGAGAUUCUGCUACAAUGAAAAUGGAGAACAUAUUGGAGUGGAAUGCCUUUUGCUACCCUGUCUGAACGGAGGAUCAUGCUACAGCUUAGGACCGGGAUUCUUCACUUGUGAAUGCAGUCCCGGUUUUGUAGGAUCAUACUGUGAGCUGCAAGUGAAAGAAUGUGACUCCAGCCCUUGUCUGAAUGGAGCCACCUGUAUGGACACCGAGCCAUCUCACUAUAACUGCUCAUGUCUGCCUGGAUACUCUGGUCUCAAUUGUGAGGUAGAAAUUAAUGAGUGCAGUUCAAAUCCUUGCCUGAAUGGAGCAACCUGUAUUGAUAGUAUUAACAGCUUCACCUGCCUUUGCUUGGAUGGAUUUCAAGGGCAGUUGUGUGAGGAAAACAUUGAUGAAUGUAGUGUAUUUCCCUGUCUUCACAAUGCAACAUGUGUUGAUGACAUUGCUAACUACAGCUGUCAGUGUCUUGAGGGCUACUCUGGGAGACUAUGCGAAGAAGAACCAUUAGAUCCUUGCAUUAGUGAACCCUGUCACAAUGAUGCUACCUGCGUUGUUAGUGGUCUUAAUUACAGCUGUACAUGUCCCUCUGGAUUUGAAGGAAGGAACUGUGAGGUGAAUAUAAAUGACUGUGCUAACAGUCCUUGCACCAACAAUGGAACAUGCAUUGAUUUGGUAGCAGGAUACAAAUGUGUGUGCAGAACAUUGUACACUGGGAAUCACUGUGAAUCAAAACUUCCUUCAGAAUAUUUUCUCCGUUUCCCAUCAUCUGGAACAACAGACUAUGUGCUUAUGAAGGGUCCACAUUCACCCCUCACUCAGGUGUCCCUGUGCUUGUGGCUGAAGUCUGCUGACAGCUUCAACUAUGGCACAGUAUUCUCAUAUGCAACAAAUAUUUCAGACAACAGCUUUACACUUACAGAUUAUAAUGGUUUUGUCUUGUAUGUAAAUGGUGAACGGACUGUAACAGACAUCACAGCAAAUGAUGGUUCCUGGCAUUCUCUUUGUGUCAUGUGGCAUUCCUCAAAUGGAGAAUGGAAUAUCUAUAUUGAUGGGAAACUUGGUGAUAAUGGAACAGGUCUAGCCAAUGGAACAUUCAUCCCAGGUGAUGGAAUACUUAUACUGGGUCAGGAGCAGGAUCUGUUGGGCAGUGGUUUUAAUGAGGCUGAGUCCUUCAUGGGAUACCUCUCCAAUGUUGCCAUGUGGGAUUAUAUUCUCCAAGGGACAGAUGUUUGGUAUUUAACAAUGCUUUGUGGAGUACCUUCCAGAGCUGGCAACAUCUUCAUAUGGACAGACUUCUUGGAUGGAAUUCAUGGAGAUCUGAAAAUAGAAAACUCUUCAUUCUGUAUGGACUGUGCUACUCCAGUAGCUCCAUUCCAUGGAAAUGUGAGUGUAUCAAGUGCAGGUACUGUUGCUGUAUAUACCUGCAACCUGGGGUUUUCUCUGAGGUGGGGGAGCACAGAACACUCAACAAUAGAGAGGAAGUGUCUGAAGCAAGGUGUCUGGGAGGGUCCAACUCCAUUCUGCAUACGGAGAAGCUGUGGUUUCCCAGGAUACUUCCCUCAUGGUGUGGUCCGUGGACGGUCAUACCGUUACACUGAUACAAUUCAUUAUUAUUGUAAUCAGGGGUACAAGCAAAUUGGUGCUCCUGUUCGAGUAUGUAUGGCCAAUGGCAAAUGGAGUGGGGAAAUUCCAGUUUGUGAAGGUAAGACAUGUGAGGCCCUUGAACCUCCAGCCAAUGGGAGAGUGAGAUCUCUGCUGCUAGAAUCAGGUGAUGCCCAGUGGAACGAAAGCAUAGUACUGCAGUAUGGUCACCAGGUAGAGGUGGAAUGUGAUGUAGGCUUUCAGUUGGAAGGAGCCAGCAUACUUACAUGCCUUGAAGAUGGACAAUGGGAUGAGACUGUUCCCUUCUGUCGCCCCAAAGGCUGCAAGAGCCCUCCAUUAAUAUCCCAUGGAUUUGUCACAGACUCUCAUACAAAUAUAUCAGUAAUAAAUUCCACAUCAAACUAUUAUAACAGAAAAAUAUUUUCAGUAUAUGAUGACAGAAACAGUGAAGGUGAAUAUGAAACUGAUGAAGUGGUGUAUGAUUUUGGGAAACAGUUAACUUACAAAUGUGAGACUGGCUAUAUUUUCCAUCAUGAAGGAGAGAGCUCAGAAUUGCAAAUUACAUGUGAAGAAAAUGGUGCCUGGAAAGGUGAAACAACUGAAUGUGUAAUGAUUGAAUGCCCCACACCUUUACCAUUAGAGCAUGGUAAGGUAACAAUAAGAAAUAGUAACAGUGUUGCUGCAAGUGACAGAAGACAAAAUACAUCAAAUGUACCACAUGAUGGGCUUGUUUAUUUAUAUGGCAGUGAGAUCGAAAUGGGUUGUGAGGUGGGGUACAGACUGACUGGUCCAAGCAUUCUUGAAUGUAUGGAAAAUGGUAAAUGGUCCUUCCGAGAGUCACAGUGUGAACGUGUAAAAUGUAAUUUGUCAACACUUGUUCUGUAUUCUGAUGCACCCACGCCUAUCACGGAAAAUGGCUCUCUCAAUAUCGGUGGUAAUUUCUAUGGUGACUUAGCAGACUUUACGUGCAAAUCUGGCUACAGACUCACUCUUCCCAUGUUCGCUUCAUCAUGGUCUCUGAUGAAACUUACAUGGACAUGCCAAUUGAAUGGUUCCUGGGUGUUGUUCAACAACAUUGAUACUGGAAGUGAAUUUAUGGAUUCCAUUUUGAAGACAGGUCAGGCUCUGUGUCAACCUUUCCAGUACAAAUGCCCCGAGCCCAAGGAGCCUGAUAAUGGGUAUAUCCUGAGGGAUGAAUCAUCUAAAAAUUUGACCGUAGGCAGUACCGUGAAAUUCAAAUGUCGACUGGGCUAUAUUCUUCAUGUUUCGAAUAUUUCCACCUGUCAAGAUGGUGGACAGUGGAGUUAUGACAACACAACAUGUGCUCCUGUGCAGUGCCAAAGUCAUCCUGCCCCAUAUCAUACAGAGUUGGUCAAUGUUGCUAAGGAGUAUGUAUAUGGUAACAUGUUGAACUACCGCUGUAAGGAAGGCUACCAGGCAUUUGGUGUUCUGGUAUCUCGCUGCCUUGCAACUGGCAAGUGGUCCCGAGUUCGAGGAAAAUGUACACGUAUUUCAUGUGGCAAGCCGCCUGUACGUAAUGGUGCAAUAAUUCUUGGAGCAUCUUACCUUUAUCAGGACCAAGUGGUAUACAGUUGUCCACCCGGAAUGAAAGUAAGUUCUCAUCCUGUCAUCACAUGUCUAAGUGAUGGAACUUGGAGUGGGAACCCAACCUGUGAGAAAGUCUGAAGGGAAUGUUGGAAAGGAGGCAUUCAUUUUUUCUGAGUUGCUGCAAUUAAUUUCUGUUGUCUGUUGACUGGGUUAAAGGGUGAGGAUGAUGAUGAUGAUGAUGAUGGCAUUGCAGAAGCAACAAUCUAUAACUUAUUUAAAAUUGCAAGAAACAAAUUCUGAUUCUGAUUAUGAUCUCAGUCAUUGACCAUCAGUGGAACAAUCCAUCAUCUAACCUGCGAGCAAAAUAUAAUUUUGUUAGUAGUUUAUGAACUUCCAAACUACUACUACAGGAUAGGUUCUGGUACCAGAAUGAUGCAGCACAGAAAGGGAACUUUUCAAUUUCUUUUCUUGCUGCUUAAAGUAGAAGGAUCAUUCUUGCCUUUCCUAACAAUAAUGAUUUAAGCAUUUUGAUUAAAAUUAAAAUAAUGAAAUAUUAUCAUACGAUGGGGUACCCAAAAGAACCGAACUAAUUUUUCUGU